AUGGCAGCUUUAGACAAUCUUCCGUGGAUAGACUCCAUGGCACCCUCAUCGAGCGCCCAGGAUCAUGGCGAGUCGGAUUCUCAGCCGCCGACGGUCGCUGCCUUCUCUCCGUCGACUAUUAGCGGCUCGGCUCUGACCUCGCGCCAGCGCUCCAGUGUCAUCGUGCAUCGCAAAUCACCUCUCCUAGUGGCCACACCACCGGCUAUCACGCGAGCUCUGGCCUACUCGCACCCAUUUCUACUUCCUCUAAAUAAAUUGGCAGGUCUCCUAACAUGGACCUCUGGAGACCCAUGGCAGAGCUUUUUGCUGGUGGCUACCUUUUGGACUAUCGUCCUAUAUAGCGAUGCCAUCAUUCUUUGGGCAGGACCGAUCCUGGUCGUGAUCGCCUUGAUCCUCGGCAUGUAUGGACGUCGUUACUCACCUCUGUCGUCAACCACGUCAACAGGUGAAAAACACAAAACCAAAGUUGCCUCAGAUAGCUCACUGCGUCAUCAAAAGAGUCUUGAUGAAAUUGUUGAAACCCUUCGCAUCUUCACAACCAGAUGCAAUAUUCUCCUCGAGCCUCUGCUCGACCUCACCGACUUCUUAUCGACUCAGCGUACUCCUACCUCGGCGACUACCAAACCUGCGCUGACGGCUCUGUUCAUUCGCAUCCUCUUAGUCACUCCUGUCUGGAUCGGUCUGACCCUACCUCCAUUCUACAUACUCACCACACGCCGCGUCGUGAUGGCCGUUGGCACUAUUGUUCUGACUUACCAUUCCCGGCCCGCUAGAGUCUCCCGUGUCAUCCUGUGGCGGUCUCGAGCCGUGCGUCGGCUAUGCGCCGCAGCCACCGGCCUCUCCGUUGCCGAUACCCUGAGCAGCCCACAAAAGGUCCCGACCCAAGCCCAGGGCCAAAAGCAAGGCUUAAACAUUUCAACUAGGCGACGUGGAAACAACGCGGGUGUGCGGUUCACGUUUGUUGUCUAUGAGAAUCAGCGCCGCUGGCUGGGUAUCGGGUGGACUUACUCGUUGUUCCCGGCAGAACGUGAUGCUUGGACAGACGAGCAUAUGAACGCAGUGAAUCCCAAAGAUUCUUUCGAGUUACCAGAUGUUCAAACAGGAGAUGCCAAAUGGCGCUGGGUGGAGGGAAGUGAGUGGCGCAUCGAAGGAGCAGACAACUUCAAUGGAAAAUCCGACUCGAAGGGGUCAACCGGCGAAGGAUGGAUCUACUAUGAUAACAAGUGGAAUGACGGUCGCCGCGGUCAAGAUGGAUGGGAUCGCUAUACCCGUCGACGCAAGUGGUACCGUGACGCUGAAUUAGCAGACCUUUCACCUCAAGCUACCCAGAAUGCCUCUGAAGAAACCAUUUCCGGGCUCACGCAGGCCCUAGAAAAGCAGAAACAACAAGAGAAUGACGACAACGCCGACGCACAAAGCAUCACGCCAUCCACCUCCUCCAAAUCCCGUCGGCGCUGGUUCAGCGGUACCAAGGACAAAGAGCAGACCUCCCCUGGCGGCCCGCCCGCUGACAGUGGGCGUGCUACGGGCUCAAAUACAUCUAUCGUAGCCGAUAGAGCAGACGCCUCGCGACCCAUCAGCAUCAAAAGUUCCCGCAGACCGUCGCAUGCCCGCGAAGGAAGUGUGGCAACUAGUGACAGCGCUAGUUUGCGUGAAAAGGAGAUGGCCAACUCCCAAGAUCAUCUCGACCGGUGGUCAACUCGAGCUGCGGGCGGGACAGAAAGGGCGGAAAGGGAAAUGGGUCUCAGCGAUGAGGUGAACAUGGGGCUGAGUUGA